GUGAAGGUGAGGCAGCCCAGUGGUGCUUGCUUCACCGUCACGAUUGACAAGCGCGAGACUUGCAGAGAUUUGAAGUUUGCCAUCGCUGCACAGACCAGGGUGUCAGCCAGGCGGCAGAAGCUUCUCUGCGGCACGGACUUGCUACCCGAUUCGAAGAGACUGGAGGAGUUGACUUCCGAGGCGUCCGUCGAAGUUCUCUUGGUGGGCAGUCCUGUCUGCGACCUGGUUACAUAUUCUCGCCUUGCCCCUGCCGUCUGGGACUGCGAUGCCUGCACCCUCGAGCACCCCGUGAUUGAAAAGGAUGACGACCUGCAAUUGCAAGACGUGGAAGAUGCGAUGCGGCUGGAGGACGGCGAGCUGUAUACCCUUUUGAAGUCGCGGAAUUCUGGGGCAGGGCUUCUUUGUAUACAACUGUGGCGAGGUAUUCCAGGAUCAUGCGUUCAUCGAUUCCCCCUGUCGCCACGCUGGCUUGACACAUACGUCUCUGUCUUUUUUUCUCCCGACGGGGCGUUUGUAAUUGCCGAUUGUGCAGAUUAUGAGACCGUGCGGAUGUGGCACACAUCGACGGGGGAGCCGCACUCAUGUUUCCUUUCCGGACCCGACGACAACACUGGCACGAUCUUGGAUAUGCAGUCCAUGUGCCGACUAGCGCUGGUUGUUAAGUCAGGUACGAUAGAGCUCUGGAACUACCACGAUGGGACUCGCUGCCAUCGUUGGGAGAACUUCGAAACGUUUUUUUACUUCCACUUUGCUCGGCUUUCGAUUUCAGGGUCUUGGAUUGCAUAUUGGUGCGAGGAUCGGGAACUGACGGUUUGGGAACGUGAGCACCGGGAUGAUGCGAUGACUUUCUCUAGGGUGGACCGGGCAGCCUUCUCAUCAGAUGAGAAGGAGAUAGUAGCGAUGCACAAGCAUGACGGACAGGUGGCGGUGAUACGUCUCUGUGAUGGGCAGACACGAACCGUCGUUGUGCCGGCAUGCAGGUGGCUAUUUUCGGACAUUGGCUUCUCGGUAGAUGCCUCUACUAUCUUCCUUGCUGAGUCCAGCGGACGUCUCUUUCGCUGGUCGAGGGAGUCGCUGGAGCUUCUGCCAGCCACGCCGGACCCUCCAAAG